CCUACAGGUACAAAUUACUUCGUUCAGGUGUGUUUACCGACGCCAUUUAGAAAUUCAAAUUUCGUUUUCAAGCCAAGGAUGUUUUGCCAAUGAAGAUGAAUCGUUUGUGGAUAUUGCUCAGCCUGGUGACCAUAUCAAGUGCACAACUGCUGAGUACAGUGUGCCCAGCAGGAUGGCUGGCCAGUGGGGAUACCUGCUUUCAGUUCAAUAUCUAUCCACCCAUGAAGUAUGACGAGGCUAGCCAGUAUUGCCAGCAAAAUGGAGCUGCCCUGGUCAGUGUGAACGAUAUGGUAGAGCACGGGUUUAUUGCAGCACAACUUUUGAAUCUGGACAGAUUAAGGCAAGACUGGUACACGAGUGGUGAAAGAGACUCGUCAAAAAAGAUCCCCCGGUAUGUGUGGACUGCCAUCGACAGAGAAAUUCCAAUGAAUUCACAGUUUUGGCGCGAUAUCACGCAGCCAAAUAACACGGACAUCACCAGGGACAUCCUCGUGUAUGGCUUUGAUCCCAGAAAUCUGCAGUAUAACAUCAUAACAGUAUCUGACAGAAACUUGAAAAGGUCAUUUAUCUGUGAAAUCAGUCGAAUGGAAGUGUACAGGAUCAACGCACAAUCAAGAGGUUUUGACUAUGGUGUAUCCAGUCAGAAUGUCAACAUGGUCCCACGGGGGCCCAAGUUUGUGAUGGAGGCCAGCAGUACAGUAGUGAUGAUGGAGAAAUCCAGCCGCUCCGUCAACAUGGAGUGCAUCGCCUUCUCCAUCCCCCAGGCAGAGUAUUUGUGGACACGAAAUACCUCAACUGGCUUAGUUGUGAUUAAUUCUCAGAUGAACUCCCGAUACACCAUAUCCAAUGGUAGGCUGACGAUAGACUAUCCCACUGACACCCUUGACAAUGGCUUCUACCAGUGUACAGCCUCCAACGUUGUCGGGAAAAUCAUCAGUUCAUUUGCCCAACUCACAUUUGCAACUUUGGGCCAGUUCUCCCCAGUUCAGACAGAAGGUGUGAAUCCCAAGUAUGCGGAAGGAGCUUUGAUGGAAUGCCCCAAGAUCCCAUCCAGUCUGGCAGGCGGUGUUAGCUACCAGUGGAUGAAGUCUGUUACACAAUCAGGAUUCCUGGACUCUGAAUACGUCAGACCAGAGCUCAACAGCUACAUCUUCGUAUCGUCCAACGGACGUCUGUACUUCUCCGAAGUGACGGAGGCCGACCACGGCUGGUAUCGUUGCAUAGCAACCCUCACCACCUCAAACAUCUACAUGAACUACAUCAGCACUGAGGGCACCCAGUCACGUAUCAGCCAGGCGAUCAGGCUAAUGACCCGCGGCAGUACUGCUGGCAAGUAUGCACCUAUGAUCCAGGACAGCUUCAUCAACGUGUAUCCCUCAUCCCCUGUAGUUGGCAUGAACGUGAGUCUGGAAUGCUUCGCAUACGGAACACCGCCGCUAAUGUACUCGUGGACUGUUCAUCGUUGGGAUGGUCAGCGGUACACCCUGGAAGACCAUGAUCGUGUGCUGCGGAUACAGAACGUUGUUCAGGACGACACUGGCCGCUUCACGUGUACUGUCACCAACAAGGCUGCCUCACAAACGGACUCCAAAACUUACACUCUCUAUGUGGAAUCCAAGCCUCAGUUUGUGAUGCCCCUGAUGGACCAGCACCUUGACGUUGGUACCAAGCAGCUGACGUGGCAGUGUGAGGCUCGCUCUGUGCCCUUCCCCACGUACACCUGGUACAAGGAUGGCGUGAGGAUCACCAACAGCACCAACGGCGAGGUUCAGGUCAUCAGCAACAUCCUGUUCCUGCGCAACCUUCAGGAAAAGCGCGACAGCGGCAUGUACCAGUGCUUUGCAGAGAACUCCCAUGGGACGUCAACGUCUGCCGCACAGCUUAGGAUUCUCUCCUUGGCCCCCACCUUUGAGAAGAACCCUAUGGCCCUAACCAAGGCUGGAGCCCUGAAAGGGGAUGUUACGAUAGAGUGCAGGCCUGAGGCUGCUCCUACACCAGAGAUCAACUGGUUCAUGAAUGGGGGAGGGCUCAACCCCUCUUCAAACCCUAGUGACCCUCUGUACAGGAAUAUUAAGGGUGACCUGGUAAUCAGGGACUUGCAGCAAUCCAAUGCUGGGAUGUACGAAUGUCGGGCUGUCAAUUCCCUUGGGGAAGCGAAAAACUCAACCUACUUGAGUAUUUACGCGGCAACUGUGAUCUCCACCCCUCCGAGUAGAGACACGACCGUGAGCUUGAACUCCACAGCGUUCAUCAACUGCCAGGUCUCCUUCAACCGAGACAACCUCGACAUCGUCUACCAAUGGCUCUUCAAUAACCGCACCAUUAACAUCAGCAGUGACUCGCACUAUGAGCAUGGUCUACCCCCCCAGGAAGGUGGCCUGUACAUUCGGGACGCCCAGUACUGGCAUGGAGGCAUGUACACCUGCAGGGCAACAACCCAGGUCGACGCAACUGAGGCCACUGGUAGACUCUGGAUCACAGGUCCACCGAGGGAGGUAUCCGGUGUGGAUGCUUACAGCUCAAUGAGCAACGUUCAGCUGCCGAUGGGGGAGAAUAUCGGGGAGUUUGACGCGCUGCUGCGCUGGACAGAUCCCCAGGAAGAUGCAGCUCCCAUCACGUACUACAACAUCUACGGGAGAACUAACUACUCACAAAUAUACCGUCAGCUUUACUCCUCUAUUCCUGCCUCUCAAACGGUGAUAACGGGGGGAAUAGAUUCCUUCCGACGACAGUUCUUCAUGAAGGGCCUCAUGCCUGGUGUCAACUAUGAGUUCACGGUUCGAGCUGUCAACAUGUACGGUGUCGGCACGGAGAGCAAGCCUUCAAGGAAGGUGACCAUCGGUGCAGCGCCGCCAAGGAAGGCUCCAGUCAACGUGGGAGGCGGCGGGGGUAGUGUGGGCACUCUGAAGAUUACGUGGGAUCCCUUGCACCCAGAAGACCACGGUGGGUGGGGUAUAGGGUAUGAAGUGGAGUACAGACGUAGGCCUCCAGAUGCGCAAGCAGGCGGCAACUUCAAAUGGACAAAGGUGAAUGUGACUGGCAACGUGGGGGAGUACUCAGCAGAGAUAGGCGGGGAGAACUACUUCCUGGAGUAUCAGGUUCGAGUCAGCCCCUACAACAAUAAGGGAAUAGGGCCUGCAGGAGUCAAUGACAGUGUCAUGUCAGCUGAAGCAAUUCCCAAUGGUAUCCCGAAGAAUAUCUAUGCUGAACCACACAAUGAGUCGGCUCUAGUUGUGCGCUGGGAUCCGAUUUCUGACACGCGAGAGGUCAUCAAGGGAAAACUGGCUGGAUACAAGAUUCAUUACUGGCUGAAAGAUAGAGAGACCCAGUCUGAGGCCAGACAGAACAUCAUCUAUGGCAAUGCGGACCACGGCCUGAUCAUUGGUCUGAUGCCGGACACCUUCUAUACAGUCACUGUGAUGGUCUUCAAUGGAGCUGGAAACGGUGUCAAAGGAGAGGUCUACCAUCAGACUACUGAUAGAUUUGCUCCACUGACCUAUCCUGUGGACAUCAAGAUCUAUCCCUAUGGUAACCACUCAGUGAUGUUAACAUUCCGAGGUGUUAACACGGGCGUGAUUGAGGAACCACUCCUCGGUUACAAGGUGAAGUACUGGCGUGACUCUGAGGACAUCCGCAAUGCCAAGGAGGCCAAUCUGGAGCGUAAUGUGGAGGGUGUGCUGUAUGAUGUGCAGGUGAACACGCUCUACCACUGUCGCGUGUACGGCUACAGCGUCGGUGGAGACGGCAAGGGCAGCUCACCGGACACACUCUUCACCUACACAGAGGAAGGUAGGGUGAUCGGUAUACAGGUGGAUCCAACCACGUCCAACUUUGUGUACGUAGUCAGGGAUGAUAUCAACACAGCGGCGAUGGCGUCUUAUGGAGCAACCCUGCUGAUUUCCAUCAUAGCCGCAGCUGUCUUAUGGCUGGUUUAGUGUGGACUGCUUUGCAGAAAUUGAAAUAUAAAUCAUUGUAUUGCAAUUUGUAUGAAAACUGUACAGAGAAAUUUACGAUUUACCAUAUCACCAUUGAUUGCAUGAUACUUAAAUACAGGCUUUUCUAAUUGUUGAAUGUGUAUGUGAGCCAACACAAUUUCUAAGAGCUUUGUUUCCAUUUAUUUUCUCAAAUGUCUUAUACAGGUUCUGUGAUGAGUCUUUCCUACGUUUUUGUGUGUGUAAAUUCUGUAUUUCUCUCUUUCCCGAUAGAUAUGAUGCACCUUUUAACAAGUGCUUUUAUUAUGUGCCAUUAUCAUGACUCAAUAAUGUUUAUGUUAAAAAAAAUCCAUUUGUUUGUAAAGACAUCUGAAAUCCUGCAAGUCAAUGCAGUUUUAAAUUUUGUAUUUUUUGUAUCAUAUAUUGUUCUUUAAAAAAAGGUCUUUUAAGUUUUAGUAAUGUGUCUGCAUUGGACUCUUAAAUGAAAAAUGUGAUUCAAUAGACUUAUUCUGUCAUGUUUUCUCAUGUGAUUUUGAGUGAUAAGAAUUUAUAGGUGUGUACUAAAUAUGAUUGUGCUGUUGUGUGCUGGAUCAAUGUUAGUCUAGAAGAUGCCGAAUUUCAAACACUUAGGAACUUAAUUUUGGACAUUUUCUCAAAAGAACCUUAGGUUCUUGUAUAUUUUCUAAACAUCAAAAUCUAUCUUCUAGACUGGUAUCAGUUGUAGUCAACAGGUACAUCACCUUAUAAUUGAAACUUACUAUAAUUGUAACUUACUAAACUUCAUUGUCUGUCCUUGACAAUAUCUCAUUUAAAACUUAAUUCGAGUUUCCUUAUUGUAGCCGUGAAUUUAGUUAUGAAAAGAUUUUCGUUCAAUGUCCUUGCUUUAAACUAAACGUUCUCUCCAUAGUUUGUGUUAUUAUUGAUAACCUUUAUUCUCUUUAAAGUAUACAAUUUUUGUAUCUUAUCUGAAAUUUAAAAAGAAAAAUACAGAGCUUUUGUGUGUCUAUUAGAUAAUCCUGUAUUUUUUCCAUUCUCACUCAUGCUUAUGUGAUUUUCAUGAAAUACACCCAUUUACUAUUUAAAUUGUGUGUUUAUAAUGUGUGCAUUUGAAUAUUGAAUUCUUAAAUCAAUGUCAUUAUGUGGUAUUUAUGAUUAUUUCACAUUGUUUAUCAACAUCCCAUAUGUACAUUCAUCAUCUACAUAUACCUAGAAUUGUGUUUAUUCUCUUUUUGUAAUGAUAGGUUUAGGUUUUGUAUAGAUUUUAGAUAUGUGCACUAUUUUUGUACUCAAUUUUUAUGUAAAUAGGUAUGUGUAAUUUGUAUGAAUACUGCGAUUUUCACCUCAGACCCUUAUUUCAUGUAAAUAGAUGGUCUUUGCAAGAAUUUUUACAUUAUGGCGUGUCAAGUUCAACAGGUUUAAAAUAUAGGUGAAGUGAACAUGUUUAUUGCUAAACCAAAGAUAAAAAGAAAUAAUUUAUUGUACUAACCUAACGUUUCAAUAUUCCUCAAUGCAUAUUGUAACAGGCAAGAUGGAAAACAAACAUUGAUUAUGCUUACAAAGUGUUUAUUUUUAAUUCCUUGAAUGACUACUGCUAUAUACGGUUGAUGUUAAACUGUUGAGACGUUUCAUGAAGUAGGGUCCUAAUUAUAUACCAUCAGCCAAUCAGAAUCUCAAAUUUUUUCAGCAAUAGACACAUGAUGCUUUUCACUCUGCUUUCUGAAAAUAUACACAACUGUCUCGUUUUACUUUCUUGCCUGAAAAAUUGCGUCUUCUGUUCUAAUGUUUGAAUGCCAGGUGAGAUCAGGACUCUAGUAGUAAUAACAUUUUCAAACGAUCAGCAUAAAAUGGCUGUUGCAGCAAAACAAUUAUGCCUUUGAUGUUUGAUUGUGCCUUCUCAUAAAUGUACAUGCCCACCAUGAAUACUUACUGUACAAUUAAUGAAUUCGGUCUUUGAAGUGACCGUCUCUUAACCUCUUACAUAUCCACAAAAAGUCAGGGUUUAUUUAAUCAGCUCAUAUUUUGUUUGAUAGUCGGAAUUUGCUAACCUCAGCAUUUUGCUUACUUGUAGUAUUUCUUUGAUGCUUAAUUUUGUAUAUAUGUUUUAAAUUUUGUUUGACACAAAACUGACAAAAGUUGUUUGCUUCUUGCUGUUACGCACAAGAUGAAAUUCUAGUACGUAAUUUGAUUUUUUCAAUUUAUUUAGUAAUAAAUAAAAUUUUAGAGAAAUAAAAGGGAAAAAAGAAUCGGCUUUGAAUUUUUUAAAGUAAUACAUGAGAGCAUACAACAGUUUGUAUACAAAAUGAAAGUGCUUUAAGUUUGGUAGUCAUUCUAAGAUAAUCAAAUUUUGCACAGUACAAUAUACUGUAGUUAUACUUUUAUCAUUCAGUUGCUUCCUUUCAUUCGCUGUAAUCUGCUUAUAAUUACAAUAGUUUGUAUAAUUGUACAAUUUAAUUGCUUCCUUCCAUUCGCCAUUAUGUGCUUAUAAUAAAUUAUAUUAUAUGUAUUCAUCAUUCCUAUGUAAUUGAUUACAUUCCUCUGUGAAAUAUUAACUUCGAUUUUACAAGUCCAUAAUUUAUAUUAUAUUCUUGAAACAAUACCGGUAUUCUGUGUACAUGUUUCUUGUAUGUACCAUUUAUCAAGUCAAACAGUGUUGUUGUUUGUUUUUUGUUUAAUCAAUUUUAUCUUUUGUUUCUAAAUAAAAUAACAAGUCCAGCUAUAUAAUGAAUUCCAUACAGAUGUAUAUUCAAAUAUGUUUACCCUUUUGUGUAAUAAAAUAGUUUUAGAUA